CGCUCAUUGGUUGAAGUCUGGGCGGGAAAGUUUCAGUGCGACCCGGCUUGUGUGUGCGUGAGGUGUCGCCUCGUAGCGUGACUGUCAGCAUUGUCUCCUAUCAGCUCCUCCCGUGUGGGCGUCCGAGUUCAUAGUGACAGAAUAUAGAUGUACAGAUGGAGGAAUCAAUAUUUUUUUGGGACCUACCGGACCUGAAAAACCUUUGUGCAGUUAAAAUAAUUCUGAACACUGGAAUAUCACAUCCUGAUAUUAGAGAUCAACAAGUAAAACUUUGCAGAUGUCUUCUAUUCCUUUACGAUCAAAUUGUGGCAUCACCAAUACCAGAAGAGUUUAGUCAGAUACUGGUGAUAAUGUCUAUAUCUUUUUACAAAAGUGGAAAACUCCAAUUAGUUACUGAAAAACAACAAGUUAAAAUGGAGAGGCCAGAAAGAGUUACUCCAGCUAUGCUUCAAACUUGUCUAUUUUACACAAUCACAGCUAGGCUCGCUCCCUCUUGGAAUAAAGCAGGACAUCUUCUAAUUCAAGGACCUGAUUUUUUAACAAAAUCAGGAAAGCAGGAUGCAGUUGCAAUAUCUGUCAAUAUAUCAGAUAAUCAACUAUUUAUCACUGUGCAAGUGCAUACAGUUCGACUGCCACCUUCUCAGCUGCGUGAUUUUGAUGUUGCCUCUGAAUGUUUUGAAAGUUCAUUAACAUGGAAUAGUUUGUUUAUAAGAAAGAAAAACAACUCAAGUAGUUGGUGCUAUGUUUUACCAAGUAUGAAGAUGGGCAGAAUUGUAGACUUCAGUCACGACAUACCAACAGAAUGUCCAUUUAAAUCCUACAAAGACUUUCAGGAUUAUUGGAAAACAUUGUAUGGGUACGAGCUUCCAAAUAUCUCUUUAGAUGAUUUGACAUACUGUAGUGUUUACUUCAAGUUCAUUGGAGAGAAGCUGUUUACAUAUCCUUUGAUUUGCCUGAGAAGCCAGCCUAUUCAAUUUUAUCCACGAGCAGAUGUGACUAGAGUUCUGAAUAUCUUUGUUGAUGACCUCAAGUCUAAAAUACCAAAUCUUUGUGGUUUUCCAGUAAACAUGACAAAUAUUCCAGUUCAUCCAGUUAAAGGAUUGGCAAGACCUCUACAACAGGGUAAUAAACACCUGAAUAAUUUAAUGAGUAGCAGUCAGUACCAGUCAGUGGGUUCUACAGAAGUCAUCCAAAACACAAUUUCAUUGGACCAAUCAUUAGAAAGUUCUGAAAAGCUGGAACAUCCCCCAACAUCAUUGUGCAGAGAAAACAUGACAUCAUUUAAAGUGUCUCUUGGAUCUCAACAUUUCGAGUCACCUAAUCCUAUUUGCUCAACUCGCUCAGAAAAUGUACAAAAAUACAAGCCUUUCUUUCAUGGUAAAACCAAAAAAGUUAACCAGAAAGAUAACAUAAAAUUUGCUAAAGGAAAUACAAUUGUGGUUGGUUCUAAUAUCUAUAAUAAUAAAAUAAAAUGCAAUACAUCUAACUCCAAUUCAAAAGACAUCAUACCCAGCAAAACAUCAUUUAUAGAAAUCUCUGAUGCAAAGAGGAACACAGCAAGCAAUGUAUUACACAAACCUAUAAAAAUGAAAUGUAACAAAGAAGCAGCUGGCAAUACUACUCUUCUGCCCUGUCCCUCUCCCCUAUCAGAAAAUCAGUCUUGCAUUUCAGCUUGUUCUGCUCCUGGGAAGGACAAAUCUGAAUUAAACCCAAAGAAUACUGAACCUUCUCAUUCUCAAACAUUUGAAAACAGCAAAGUAAACUUCACUAAUGGAAUAGUUGCAAGAAUUUCAAAUGCAAGAAGGGAAGAUAACAAUGUUUCAUGUAAAUUACACGAAGACCAUCUACAGGAAGAAAAUUUGGUGUCGCCUCCUAAGAAAUGCAAAACAAUAAAAUAUGUAAAGAAAGUGGAUGUAGUAAAACAUGCAAGAGAUAACAAGUUAUUCAAACUAAACAAUGCUGAUCUCCAGGACUGGCUCAAGCAGCAUGGGAUUUCUACCAGGACCAGAGACAAAAAAGAACAACUUGUGGCAAAGAUCAUGCAUUUUCUUCAGCAAUCCUAAAAUGUUUUGCCAUUGUACAGUUGCUAUACCUUUUACCAAUACAUUCAUUCUGUAGUAAACCAUUUUGACAAAUGGGCCUAGAUUUAUCAAUCUACCUGAAACCAAAAUUGUCUGGUUGUGCCAAUAGCAACCAAUCAAAGUUCGGUUUCUUUAUCCUAACAAGAUCUGCUAAAAUGAAAUCAGAGCUGUGAUUGGUUGCUAUGGACAAAACCAGACCAUUUUGGUUUCACACAGAUUGAUAAAUCUGGACCAUUGUUUAAUGAUAUUUAAAAUGUCUAUUUUAUGUUAUAACAAAAAGGUACUUUAUUGUUCUUUUUUCUUGUUCUAAGGCACUUAUUCUUUUUUUUUCUUGCUCUAAUUAAAGAAAAUAUAUUCUGCUGCAAAUCAUUACUCUCAAAUUC